CUGACCCCUCCUAUGUGGUGGCGAUCGACGAUGUUCCUGGCUACCAUGACAACAGAGGCGAGCGCGGUGAGCGAGGCGGACACUGAAGGAAAGCCGAAGUCCGGCAGUGCCGAACCCCAACGGGAGCCCCAGCAGGACAACAAGGAGAAGCCGGAGAACGACGAGAACCCAGGGAAGGAGGAGAACCCAGGGAAGGAGGAGAAGAGUGAGAACAAGGAGAACAAGGGAGAGCCAGCGUCCGCCAGCGCCGCUCCAGCAGCAGCAGAGAAGGGAGCCCCCAGCAGCAAGGCCCCGGAGCCGGCCUCGGAGGCUGGGGCCGCUGACGAGGUGCAGCUGAGGCCCCGGGCCCGCACCUCGGCCGGGAAAGGCCUCUCCCGCCUCUUCUCCAACUUCAUGAAGAGGCGCUCCCAGUGCUCCGAGGGAGAGGGCUUCGAGGCGGAGAAGGUCAGCGAGGAGAAGGAGAACAAAGAGGAGAAAGUACUGGUUAAGGUAGAGGAGGCAAAGGCUGAGGAGAAGGAGAAGGUCAAAGAGGGGAAGGCAGAGGCCAAAGCAGAGAAGGAGGCCAAAGGGGAGAAGGAGGCCAAAGGGGAGAAGGAGGCCAAAACAGAGAAGGAGGCUAAAGGUGAGAAGGAGGCUAAAGCAGAGAAGGAGGCAAAGGCAGUAAAGGAGGUCAAAGCAGAAAAGGAGGCCAAAGGGGAGAAAAAGGAGGCCAAAGCAGAGAAGGAGGCCAAAGCAGAGAAGAAGGAGGCCAAAGCAGAGAAGGAGGCCAAAGCAGAGAAGAAGGAGGCCAAAGCGGAGAAGAAGGAGGCCAAAGGGGAGGAGCAGAAGGCGGAGGUAAAACCGGCCCAGAAAGACAAAGAGGAGAAGAUCGAGGAGAAGGAAAAGGAGGAGGAGAAGGUGGAGAAAGAGGAGGAGAAAAAAGCUGCAAAGAAGGAGGAAGACGUUGCACAGCAGAGAGUGGAGGAGAAACAGGAGAAGGAGACCAUAGUUGAGGAGGAGAAGGAGACCAUAGUUGAGGAGGAGAAGCCCAAAGCUGAGGACAAGAAGGAGACCAUAGUUGAGGAGGAGAAGGAGACCACAGUUGAGGAGGAGAAGCCCAAAGCUGAGGAGAAGAAGGAGACCACAGUUGAGGAGGAGAAGGAGACCACAGUUGAGGAGGAGAAACCCAAAGCUGAGGACAAGAAGGAGACCAUAGUUGAGGAGAAGGAACCCAAAGCUGAGGAGAAGGACAAGAAGGAAGAAGCAGAAAAUAAGGAGAGCAAGGAGGAGGAAAAGGUUGACAAGAAGGAGGUGAAGAAAAAGGAGAAGGAAGAAAAGGCCAAGAAGAAGGAGGAGGAGAGGGCAAAGAGGAAAGCAGAGGAGGAGGAGAAGACCAAAAAGAAAGAGGAGGAGAAACUAAAGGAGGGCAAGAAGAGAGAAGAGGAGAAACUAAAGGAGGCCAAGAAGAAGGAGGAGGAGAAACUAAAGGAAGCCAAGAAGAAGGAGGAGGAGAAACUAAAGGAGGCCAAGAAGAAGGAGGAGGAGAAACUAAAGGAGGCCAAGAAGAAGGAGGAGGAGAAACUAAAGGAGGCCAAGAAGAAAGAGGAGGCCAAGAAGAAGGAGGAGGAGAAACUAAAGGAGGCCAAGAAGAAGGAGGAGAAACUAAAGGAGGCCAAGAAGAAAGAGGAGAAGGAGAAGCCUGCUGUGAAGAAGGCCGACAAGGCGGAGGAGAAAGGACAGAAGGAGGCGAAAGGGACAACCGAGGAGCAGGUGAAAGCUCCCAUCGCGGCGCCAGAGGCGGAGCUGAAGACGGAGCCUGAGAUAGAACAUCCAGCCGAGCAGAACUCCAUCGACUGCACGGAGAACCAGGUGGUGAAGGAGGAGGAGCAGGAGAACCAGGAGAAUCCAGCGCCCGUCGUGAAGGAGGAGGAGGAACCAGACGCUAAGGAAGCAGAACCUGCAGUGGAAGGAGUGAAGGAGGAGAAAAAGGAGAAGAAAAAGGAGAAGGGGAAGAAGGAGAAGAAGGACAAGUCUGUAGAGGAGAAGAAAUCCCAGAAAAAGGACAAGACUGCAGAAGAGAGCAAAUCCCAGAAGGACCAGUCUCCAGCGGAGGAAGCCCAGAAGAAGACAGAGGAGGCCAGCAUCUCUAGAAAACUAAAAAACAUGCAGUGCAAAGUGAUUCUGUUGGAUGACGUCGAGUUUGAGUGUGAACUUGAUAAACAUGCCAAAGGCCAGGAGUUGCUCACCAGAGUGUGUGACCACCUCAACCUGGUGGAGAAGGACUACUUUGGCCUGGCUAACUGGGAGACUCCCACCAACAAGACCUGGCUGGACGCGGCCAAGGAGAUCAGGAAGCACGUCUCUGGGGCCGUGUACGAGUUCACCUUCAGCGUCAAGUUCUACCCCCCAGACCCAGCGCAGCUCACCGAGGACAUCACCAGGUACUACCUGUGUCUCCAGCUGAGGAAGGACAUCAUGAGCGGCGUGCUGCCCUGCUCCUUCGUCACCCUCUCCCUGCUGGGCUCCUACGCCGCCCAGUCGGAGCUGGGGGAGUACGACCCGGAGCUCCACGGCCAGGACUACGUCAGGGAGCUCAGCCUGGCCCCAGGCCAGAGCCCCGAGCUGGAGGACAAGGUCAUGGAGCUGCACCGCACCUACAGGUCCAUGAGUCCAGCUCAGGCAGACCUGCUGUUCCUGGAGAAUGCCAAGAAGCUGUCCAUGUACGGAGUAGACCUGCACCAAGCCAAGGACCUGGAGGGCGUCGACAUCACGCUGGGGGUCUGCUCCGGGGGGCUGAUGGUCUACAAAGAUAAGCUGCGGAUCAACCGUUUCCCCUGGCCCAAAGUGCUGAAGCUGUCCUACAAGCGCAGCAGCUUCUUCAUUAAGAUACGCCCGUCCGAGCAAGAGCAGUAUGAGAGCACCAUAGGCUUCAAGCUGCCCAACUACAAGGCCUCCAAGAAGCUGUGGAAAGUGUCUGUGGAGCACCACACCUUCUUCAGGGUCUCCACCGUCGAGCCCCCCUCGUCCCGGCGCUUCCUGGUCCUGGGGUCCAAGUUCCGCUACAGCGGGCGCACCCAGGCCCAGAGCCGGCAGGCCAGCUCCAUGAUCGACCGGCCCGCCCCGCGCUUCACCCGCUCCGCCAGCAAGAGGCUCUCGCGGAACCUGGACGAAGGUACGCUCACGUUCUGCCGCGGGUCACAGGCAGCUGGGGGGCUGGAGAUGGGUCUCUCAGCCGCCCGCAGAUCUGAGGUAGAUGAUUGGUUCCUGGUGCUGGAGUCCGACCGGCCACGCCCCUCUCCGGCACCAUCAGCUGUGAUCUGUCCCUCAGCCGGCCUGCGGUCUGGCCGUACUCCGGUCCGGGCCUGGUCCGGUCAGUAUGGCGCCACCUGGUGGCAGCCAGGCCAGAGGCAGGAAGACCUGUGGUUUCCGUUGCUUCGACGCCGUCCUUCUCUUCCCUUUAUCCCGUCUGUUGAGGCCGUGAAGCAGCCAGUGUCCUCGGCCAGACUCGGCUAUGCCAACAGGAGUUCUGUGGAAAGACUAUUACAACCAGCGUUUAAACAGCGAGACGACUGGUACCAGUACUUCGACCCGAGUUUCACCAUCAAGCAACAGGAAACGCGUCCAUCCUCCUCCCUGGCCUCCUCCAUCACCUCCUCCCUAGCCCAGGCACGGUCUGAGGACGUGAAGGGGGGUGUUGUGAGAGACAGUGAGUUCAUUGAGAGAUGGCAGGAGGCCUUAGGCUUAGUGGACGAGCUGAGCGAAAUGGAGGAUUUGGAACACAGGUUGAGGGGGGUGAGGGAUCUCGAAGACAGGCUUCAGGAAGUGGACGAGCUAGUGGAGAGGAUCCAGGAAGUGAUCGAGGAGGAGUUAGGGAGGGAGGAAGUGGAAAAGAUGGCACAGGAAGAGGAAGUUCAACCAGAGAGAUCACAGGUAGAGAUGGAGUUGGCGGAGACGCUGGAGGUAGGCGAGGUUGACGAAUUGGAAGAUGAAAUAAAACGGGUGUUUUUCGGGGAGAGGGAGGUUGAGGAGAGGUUUAAAUCUGGGUCGUUAGACGACGACGUUCACGUCGUGGUGAGCCAGAGAAAGGUUAGGAAGACGGUCACUGUCGUCCAGGAAAGUUGGCAAGAACAAGCAGAGACAGAGUCAGCGUCAGAAUCAGUGGAGCAGGAGACGCAAGGAUUGAAAAUUGAAAGAGACAUCAGAACAACAUCUGUGUUUGAGGAAAAGGGGUUCAAAGUACUUCUUCAGGAAGACGGGUUCAAUAGACACCUUGAGGAAGAGGGGUUCAAUAGACACCUUGAGGAAGAGGGGUUCAAUAGACACCUUGAGGAAGAGGGGUUCAAUAUACCCCUUCAGGAAGAGGGGUUCAAUAGACACCUUGAGGAAGAGGGGUUCAAUAGACACCUGCAGGAAGAGGGGUUCAAUAUACCCCUUCAGGAAGAGGGGUUCAAUAGACACCUUGAGGAAGAGGGGUUCAAUAGACACCUGCAGGAAGAGGGGUUCAAUAUACCCCCACAGGAGGAGGGGUUCAAUAUACCCCCACAGAAUGAGGGGUUCAAUAUACCCCCACAGAAAGAGGGGUUCAAUAUACCCCCACAGAAAGAGGGGUUCAAUAUACCCCCACAGAAAGAGGGGUUCAAUAUACCCCCACAGAAAGAGGGGUUCAAUAUACCCCCACAGAAAGAGGGGUUCAAUAUACCCCCACAGGAGGAGGGGUUCAAUAUCCCCCCCCAGGAAUCACAGGUGGAGGAUAAUGAUGUCUGGUUCCGGCUGUUUGACCGCUUACCUUACAAGGCUGUUUCCAAACCACAAGCAGCCUCUACAGUACCAGCAGAAGAAUACUUUACCUCCAAGAGUAUCACAACAAAGGUUUUGGAGAGAAGGGAGGUCCUGGUUGAUGAGAUGAAAACCAGAGGACCACAGGUCCUGGUUGAUGAGUUGAGCCCUGCAGGAACACAGGUCCUGGUUGAUGAGUUGAGCCCUGCAGGAACACAGGUCCUGGUUGAUGAGAUGAGCCCUGCAGGAACACAGGUCCUGGUUGAUGAGUUGAGCCCUGCAGGAACACAGGUCCUGGUUGAUGAGUUGAGCCCUGCAGGAACACAGGUCCUGGUUGAUGAGAUGAGCACCAGAGCACCACAGGUCCUGGUUGAUGAGAUGAGCACCAGAGGAGCAGAGGUCUCUGGGGGCUGGGAGGAUGUUUGGUUUAUCUUGCUGGACGUCAUUCCCAGAGGAACCCCGUUUGUCCCGCCAGUGACCUCUGUGGCCAGCGACCAGGAGCCGGCAAAACAGAGUUAUUCCCCAGAGAUGAUUCAAAGCCCAGCAGUUGAGGACGAGAGGGAGGUGAUGAUAGAGGAGGAACGUCUUGCACCGGAAGAGACGAGGGGCUCACCCGAGAUACUAGAGGUUCUGGAGAGGGUUACAGACGACUGGUUUGUGCUGUUCCAGGUCACCCCAAGAAAAACGACCUAUGUGUCACCAGUAGCUACCGCUGUGGAGCGCGACCAGAAGGCUGUGGAACUGAGUUAUCCAACGGAGACUGCAGGUCCAACCGUUGAGGACCAAAGGCAGGUGGUGGUAAAUGAGACCAUUCUCCAACAGCAGGAGACGGCAGGCUCACAAACCACCCCAGCGCCAGUGUCUGUGGCGGAGAGGGUUGAGGAUGACUGGUUUGUGCUGUUCAACCGUGUCCCAAGAAAAACCACCUACGUAACCCCAGUGACCUCUGUGGCCAGCGACCAGGAGCCGGCAAAACAGAGUUAUUCCUCAGAGAUGAUUCAAAGUCCAGCAGUUGAGGACGAGAGCGAGGUGAUGGUAGAGGAGGAACGUCUUGCACCGGAAGAGACGAGGGGCUCACCCGAGAUACUAGAGGUUCUGGAGAGGGUUGCAGACGACUGGUUUUUGCUGUUCGAGGUCAUCCCAAGAAAAACGACCUAUGUGUCACCAGCUGCAGCUGAUGAAGCGAGUGUACGUGAGAUUCCAAAAACGACAGCCAUGACACUGAUUGAGAAGACAACAACUGAUGAAAGGGAGGAGAUAACUGGAGCAAUUGUGCAAAAAAUAGAGAUGGAAAACAUGUUCAAGUAUGGAACUGAAACACAGCCAGCCCUGCUCCUUAAAGACGGAGAAGAUGACUGGUUUGUCUUACUGGAUGUUGGCUCUAGAGCGCCAUCUGCUGUGCCACCAGGAUCUCCCGUGUUUCUCCCAGUGGCCCUGAAGGACCUAUCUAGAAGAGUCACUACUGUGGCUGCAGUGGAAACCAUUGAGUCUGUGGACCGAGUCCGUUGGACUUCUUCAACUGUGGUCACAGUUGAAGAAGUCCUCCAGAAACAGGAGGAGAGGCCUCCCAGACGGUCCUUUCCAGAGCAGGCAGUCCCAACGAGGGAGCCAGACGAUUGGUUUGUGCUGUUGGAUGUUGUUCCCAGAGAGGUGACCUAUAUAGCUCCAGCAGCGCCCAGUACCGUUUACCCAGAGGUCUCUGUACCUCUCCAAAUCGUCACAGAAGAAGCUGAGCUUACGCCACAGCUGGAAGACAUUCCCAGGAAGAGGGGUACCCAGCUGGAAGACAUUCCCAGGAAGAGGGGUACCCAGCUGGAAGACAUUCUCCAGCUGUCGGCUCAGCCUCCACCUGAGAGAGACGACAGCUGGUUUGUGUUGUUCGACGCUGUCCUCAUCCAACCAGUGACACGUCCUCUGGUGUCUAGCCAGAGCUCUGGGGUAGAGGGUAGGACCACUGGGACGUUGCAGAAGGUGAUAAUUGUGGAGGAGAGAAGGCGAGAGGAGACAAGUCUGUCUGAUGUCCAAGUGACACGCUACCCCUCAGAGAGGAAGGGAGGAGAUGAGUGGUUCAGCCUAUUCGAUGCUUCCCGAGUUUCCCCGGUAACAAGAGUGGCCGAAGUUCAGGGGCCCAUGGCAGGGACAGCUCUGAGGGGCCCUAGACAGGAGGAGAGGGCCGUAGUGAUGGAGAAGAAGACCGUAGUGACGGAGGAGAGGGUGGUGGUGAUGGAGGAGAGACGUCCCCAGGAGCCCACUGAGUCAGAGAGCGAGUAUGGAGUUGUCUGGCACAUGCUGUUCGGAAGGGUUGGGGAACCAAGUAGAAAGAUGCCGACAGUGGAGCGUGUCAGGGUGUCCCCCAAGGAGAGAGCCUCUGAGGGGGUUCCUGCGGUAGAGCAGACUCCCUCCAGAGGUUCUGCAGUGAGGCAGAUAUGGCAGCAGGAAGCUGUUCCUCAGCCGGGGAAUGAGGUAGAAGACUAUUGGUUCGGUCUUCUGGACGUGGCGCCUAAGAAACCAGUGGCCACGGCCCCGCAGGUCCGGUUCUAUCCAGACGUACGGCCUGCUGCCAAGGCAACGCUGGCACCGGCGGUCCCAGCACUCCAACCUCGCUUCGGGAAGAGGAUCCUGGCAGAGAGGCUCCCAGCAGCGCAGCUCAGAGAGGCUGUGGACGAUUGGUUUGUUCUGCUGGACGCUGUCCGCACAGAGUCAGUGGCGGCGGUGGGCUCCCACCGGGGGGUGCGUCCCGUCAGCGCCCCGGUCUUCUCCCAGGCCGCCCUGGCGGAGGCGGGGCUGCCGCUGUUCCCCCUGGACCUGCCCCAGACCUCCACCCCGCUGCGGAGCGCCCGCCAAGAGGAGCGCCGGCUGGAGGUCACCAUGGAGGCGGCGGAGCCCGCCAAGGGCGAGGCCGGCACCGAGGACAAGUCUGAGGAGGCCACCUCGGAGCCGGUGCGACUGCGCAAGAGAAGAGCUAAGAGAAUUGAGGGAGACUCGAUUUAUAUCAGACAUAGCCUCUUAAUGUUGGAGGAGCUGGAGAAGCCCCAGGCGGAGCUCCUCCGUCACCACGCCAGUGUCAGUGAGCUGAAGAGGAACUUCAUGCAGGCGGUGCCCGACUCGCGGCCCAGCGAGUGGGACAAGCGCCUCUCCACACACUCCCCCUUCCGCACCGCGGGGGCCAACGGGGGCCCCGGCACCGACGGGAUCACCAGCGACGGCUCGGACGGAGACAAAGAAAGCAGCACCACCUUCUCCUCAGAGGGCGGAGUCACCACGACCACCACCCACAUCUCAAAGGUGGUGAAAAGUGGAUCCACAGAGACUCGCGUCGAGAAGAGAAUCGUCAUCAGUGCAGAAUCUGAAGUUGAGGAGGGAAACGAUGGAACAUCGAUGUAGGCUGUGAACCGUCUUCCUCAGUUCUGUCCAGCCCACAUGUUGGUGCUCACAACCCCUCAGCCAAUCAGACCACAGUCACCUGACCACUCACCCCCAAUCAGACACAGCUAGCGUUCCGUCUCCUUAACGUGUGCACCUAACACCAGCUGGCUUAGUAGAUACGUCUUUGUAGAUAAUUCCUUCAUGGAAAUUCAAGUGAAGCUUCCAAACAUUGCUUUUGCUUUUUUAACAAAUGCUUAUUCUCACAUGGUGUUCAAAACAGACACACAAAUUAUACACGUUCUAUUUGGCAAAUUAAUAAGAAUUUUUCUAUUUUAUUUUUUAUGGGUUUAUUAAUUCCCCCCUUCAAAUAUUUUUCUUUUCCUUUUAAAUUGUACCCAGGUAUUAUUUUUUAUUAUUGUGGCCUACGCGGAUUUUGUAACAUUGAACAAUGAAACCCUUGUUUGCUCAGACUUCUUCAAUAUUUAAUAUACCUCACUAAAUACAACAAUGACGUUAUGUGCUAAAUUUGGAAAGCUUAUUUCUCAGGUAAACAAAACUCAAAACAUAUUUCUCCUACAUGUAGCCAACUUUCAGUAGCUUACCCAUUAUUGUAAAGUUUGAAAUCAAAAUUUUUAAAUAUAUUUUAAAAUAUUUGUAUUUUAUAGAAUUAAUACUUUUGUAGCGUUUGUAUAAAAUGGGCGUUUGUACGUUAUGCAUACAAUCUGCUUAUUCAGUUCUAGGUUAAAAAAAAUGUACUUACAAGUUGCUUUUAUUUAAUAAGGGACCAUAUCCAUAAUAUUCUUCAUGUGCACUACUGAAUAUGUCCACUAGUUUCAAACUGUCCUGAGCUGUUAGCCACCCUGUGCACUACUGAAUAUUUCAAACUGAACGAUGUCACACUUCCACCGCUUCUCCAUUGACCUUCAUCAUUCUUCAUGUUCAUCAUCAAUUCCCAAUAUUUGACAACGUUUGGUCUGCGAAUCUCAGGUUUUAAUAUUGUUUGUGUGACUACAGACCUCGUAGUGAUUGUAUAAGGAAUGUUCACAUGUUUAUAUCCAUCCAUGACAACCUCAACCGUCUCCAGCAAGUCGAGGUUGAGUGAUGUGAAGCUUGAUUUCCACGGAAACCACGCAACCAGUGGGGGG